GAUAAAUAAAAUAAGGUUUUUCUGCUGAUCUACGUGAUGUUGAGACAUAAUAAACUUGAUAUGAAAUAGAUUCCUCCGCGCCUAUUUGUCUGGGCCGACCUAAAUGCGGCAAAACCUUUAACAAUGGCUCGAAAAGGUUUCGUUUUGACUGAAUAUGUUAAACGAGUCUUUGAGUGGAAUUCGGGCUAACCGUUAUGUUUUCACAAAAUGUAUUUACUUAUAUUGUUAAAGUAUAUUUACAAGGUUACCUAAAUAUGCAAGUAACUGAUGUUAUAGUAUAAAUUGAAAACUAAGUGUUUGUGCACGUGGUCGGAACGGGAGAAAAUAUCAGUUGAGUAAAAGUGAUCGCGUGUGACCCACGAUCGCGAAGUAAAAGUGGUAGAGAGGUGUUAAUGAGGACAGUAAUGGUGCAGCUCGAGAAAACACGCAGAUGGAGGGAAACUAGUGAACUGAAUGACGCAUGCGCACAUCUUACAACCUGACCGGUGGCCGGUGUGUCCCAAACGUCAGCGACUAAACGACGAACACCUGUAAAUGUGAUAACUAAAACAAAUAACUCCAAGGCACAUAAAUUGCUUUUGCAAUGUUUAUGUAACACGCCGCUGAAAUAUAUGACUCUUGAAACACAUCGGUGGCGAGUUGCAGCGAACGAACGACCUGCAAUAGUGUUAACUAAAACAUAAUCUGAAAUGUGCACGCGCAGGACGGAAACUGCAAAUGCUGCUAACAGAGUCAGUCAGACAGCGUUGCUGGUGCUGUCGGUGCUGGCGCUGCUGCCGCUGAGCGCCGGCUACAUCGACUGCAGGAUCUCGUGCCGGCGCUGCCACGAGAACACGGAGCAUCCGUCUGUGCUGGAGGUGUACUGCGCGAUGUGCGAGGAGUGCAAGCAGCGCCGACGAGAAAGGGCUUUAACGAGAACAUCGUCAUCGCAAACUACCGCGAAGGGGACCCCGCCGCCGAUGAGCGCCAGUCCCCCUUUAGUCCAUAUGCGAGACGGAUUUGAGGAAAGUGGAGAGUACGCGCCACCGGAGCUGCCAUCGCUGAUUCAACAAGGAUCACCGCCAAAAGAACAGAUAGCACAACCACCAACGUUGUCGCAACAGCAACAAUCUCUAGGCAUGCAGGUGGUGUCGCUGGCGCGGUUAGCGGACCCCCAGCAACAACCGCCACAGCAACUUAUGGCAGCGCAGCAACAGGCCCUGCCGCCGAGCAUGUUGCAGAUGCCGCCGAUGCAGAGGGUGCAGCGGCAAUCAAUGGAUCAACAGAAUUACGGCUGGCCGUCUGGUUGUCCCACGCCGCCGCCGUGCUCCGACUCGGAGGAAGAGAUUUUCAUGAGGAUAACGACUACCACGACCACCAAGCCGACGUGCCCCACCUUUCCGCCCUGCAGGAAGAAAAAGAAGCCGAUGAUGAUGCCGUGCAUGCCGUGCAUGCCCAUGUGCCCCUGCCCCUCGUACACGCAGGCGCCGAAUGUUCAAAUGAUGCACGAGCAGGACGGCCAGUCCUCGCCCGCAGACUACCACUACCUGUACAUCGGCCUGCCUAAGAACGCGCUCAGAAGCUAGUUCAGUGAUACGUGAUAAGACCUGACAAUGUGUGAUAGACUCAAAGGAUUUCAUGAAGAGAAGUAAAGUGGUGUUAUAGUGAUGUCGCGAGCACACACAAACCUCUGUAUACAGAACAUUGUAGUUGCUCUGCAGCCAUCCAUCAUGCUCCGCAAUAAUGACACGGUUGUGUGCGUGCCGCCGUGAACGAGGGAAUUUUAUAUUACUGUAAAAUAUUGGAAAUUUAUAUGCUUGUGUAAGUAAUAAUAAAUUAGUUUUGUAUUUAUUUCAUUUUUCUUUGUUUCUAAUGUUUUGGACAACAUCGGCAACAAACAGUAGCUCAAUUUGAUGUAAUUUUGCUAACUAUUCUAUAAGGUAGUUAUGUUCCCAACGGCAAGUAAAAUAUUUAAACAUUUUCUCCGACCCCUAAAAAUUUAUCAAUUGUUUUCAUUUUAUAAAAACGUACGGAAUAACAAACUACUUUAUAGUCGGUAUCUAUGCUCAUGGUUCACGAUUCUUUAUUAGUUGAUAUUCAAAAUACGAGUGUAGAUAUAAAAUAUCUUCUAUCAGACGAACCAAUUUUACUGAUGUGUUGACGCAUCACAGUUGAACACAGAAUGUUAACUAAUAAAAAUAUGUUUUUUUCUGUAUCGUGUUAAGCUGGUAUUCUGUAAAGGCCUGCGUAGGGCGGUCGUCGUAGCGCGUAGGCACUGCGCCUACGAUAACGGUGGUCCGACCGAGCGCCCGGCCGUGACCUACAGAUAACAAUUGUUUAUAAUCAUUUAGAUGCAUGUCAGUAGUCGGUAUAUUGAUUUUGUUGCAUCAUCGUCAUGUUGCUAUAUCAUAUGGUGUUAUUAAUUAAACACUGUUAAAUAGUUAUAUAAUAAUAUUGACUAAAAAACAAAAUUGGAAAAAGGGAGCGGAUUUAAAAGGUGUUGUUAUUUUUUAAUACGUGUGAGAUAGGAAGUGGGAAUUCUACAAUAGUCAUUGAUACCGAUUAUUUUAUAAUCUAUUAGAUUGUUGGCAAAUUUGGAUAGAAUAGAGAGACCCGUUUUCUCGGUCUGAAGGGUCUGCAGGUCUGACGUCAUAGGUCUGAGGUGAGAGGUCUGAGGUCUGUGUCAGCGCGAUCACUUGUUGAGUGUAGAGCAUCGAUCGUUACCUAACUCUCGGUAUUUGGUUAGGCCAGGAGCUCGCAAAUCUAGGUCACAGGGACACCAGCGUUUGACUUCAUGCGUUUUCUAUGAUUUAAGAUUUAUUUCUGAACCUACAUGAAAUAGGCAUCUCUCAUACGAAUCAAUUAGAUCUGUUUUGACAAUAUAAGACGUAAAAAAAUCGUAAAUAGAUUAUUAGAAAGCGAUUCCGUGUAAAAUCAAAGUAUCACAACAACAACAAAAUGUAUUUGUCUCAUUUGAAAUC